ACACGAAAGAUUAUUUGUGCACAAAAUCGUAGAAAAAUGGAGUAUGAAAAAAUGUUAACAAAGGGGGCGUUAAAGUCCAUUAAGAACAAUGAAUGGGUUGAACGUCCUGUCAUGCAAGUUAUAGGUGUUGACAAAAUGCCAUCAAGAAAUGAAUGUUAUAUUUUAACUGUCUCUGAUGGUGAAAAUAGAAAUUCUGUUUGGAUUACAUUUAUCUUGAACAGUAUGGUUUCUUCUGGAAAACUUACCAAAUUUUCCCUUAUUAAGAUUAAUAAUUAUGUGACAUCUAAUUUGAUUGACCCAUCUACACAACCAAUACAAGCCAUUAUCUUAUCAGAUGUGGUUGUUAUUGUACCUGGUUCUAUUAUUCAUAAGACUAUUGGUAAUCCUCAACGAUUUAGUAAUGACGUUGAACCAAUAUUUGGGAUGGAAGCUUCCGCUUCAACAGCUCAAGUAAACGAAGAUUAUAGUGAAUUGGAUAGAACGAAAGAAUUAGAGUGGAGAUCACUCAUAGAAAGAGGCCUACAUUCAAGACUGUUGACAAAGGGUGCAUUACAAUCUAUCCUAUGUAAUGCAAAUGUUAAAUGUCCUAUCAUGCAAGUUCUCAGUAUUCUGCUACUCAAAAAUGCAAUCACAGGAUUUUCUAUUUAUCGUUUGAUUAUAUCGGACGGUCAACAUCACUACUCCCUUGUAAGCUUAGAUCGACGCUUAAACAGUUUGAUUACAUGUGGCCAUUUAAAGGAAUAUUCUAUCAUAUACAUAAAAAGUUAUGCAGUUGUUAAUGUAACAGAUAGUUCCCACAGAAAUUGGCAACUUAUUGUCCUUACAGAUUUGGUUUGUUUGUUUGUUUGUCCGGGUGAAGUAAUUGGUAAUCCUCAACCAGCCAAGGGGAAUUCAGGCCAAGAAGUUGCAAAUAGUUAUCUUGAUAUAACUAAUGGUUCUGAUUCAAUUGAUCACGAAAUGGAUAACUUACUACACAAUUUAGAUAUGUUACAUAUGUUUUAAUGUAUUUUAUGGUUUAAUAUUUUUUUUUUCAUUUUUAAAUAUAAUAUGAUCAUGUAGAUAUUACUACUUAAAUUCUGUAUGGGAAAAAAUCUUAAUUAAAAAUAUAUUUUGUUUUUUGUUCUAUUAGGUACCGCUAUCACAAAUUUUCAUUUUUUGUUUAUUUACCAUUGAGAGUUAUAUUAGUUAUAACUUAUAUUACGCAUUUUACACUUAUUUUUUUAUUUGAAGUGAUAUAUACAGGUGGGCAUAAAUGAAUUAACAAUAAUUAC